UACAGGAAGCAUUACACGUUUGUUGCAUGCUGAUAGCUGGUUGUAGAAAGGUUUUGUAGGUUCUUCUGUAACUCUGGAAGGAUGACCAUGGACAUAACUUUCCUGGGGACUGGGUCGGCUUACCCGUCUCCUCACCGCGGGGCCUCUGCUCUGGUUCUGCGGACGGACGGAGACUGUUGGCUGUUCGACUGCGGAGAAGGAACUCAGACCCAACUGAUGAAAAGCCAACUGAGAGCAAGUCGAAUCACCAAGGUUUUCAUCUCCCAUUUGCAUGGAGAUCACUUGUUUGGUUUGCCUGGUCUCCUUUGCACUGUGAGUCUCAACACCAACUCGGACCCUCAGCAGAACCUGAACUGUGUGGACAUCUAUGGGCCCCGGGGCCUCCGGCACUUUCUCAGGGUGACACUUAGCCUUACAGGAUCACAGCUGCUCUUCCCUUAUGCAGUACAUGAGCUGGAGCCCACAUCUGACCAGAGUCCAGUGGAAGGACAGCUCAGCCAGGAGAUGACAGCAGAGAGCGGUCCUCCCCAUCCACAGGAGCAGCCGGGCAAGACGAUCUCCCUGGAUGUCCAAAGUGACUCUUAUUUCCUGUUUGAAGACAAGAAGUUUGUGGUGAAAGCCUUCAGGUUGUUUCACCGCAUCCCCUCCUUUGGUUUUUGCAUUCAGGAGCGUGAUCGACCUGGAAGACUGAAAACUGAAGUACUGAAGGAACUAGGCCUGAAACCAGGACCUUUCUAUGGGCGUCUCAAAGCCGGAGAGUCGGUUACUCUUCAGAGCGGCCGUGUGGUGCUGCCCAGUGAGGUGCUGGAAGAAGCUAUACCAGGGCGGAAAGUCUGCAUUUUAGGGGACUGCAGCUCAGUCCUCGGGGAAGGACCGCUGAGGCUGUGUAGCGGAGCGGACGUUCUGGUUCACGAGGCCACCCUUGGGAACGAGCACCGAGAGAAAGCGGUGGACCACGGACACAGCACACCUGAGAUGGCAGCAGCGGUGGCUCGGGCUUGCUGUGCACAGAGACUGGUCCUGUAUCACUUCAGUCAGCGGUACAAACCGAGCUCCCUGCAGAAGGAGGGAGAUGAGGACAAUGUUUCAGAGCUCCAAAGGCAAGCUGAGGAAGCUCUGCAGGACUCUGGUGUGGAAGUGGCUCUGGCUGAGGACUUUCUGAGUCUACCCAUCCCUCUCAGAAGACCAAGGUAACAGAUAACCAGUCCAGUUUUUAUAAUGCUGGUGGUGGAUUUGUUUGAAAGCAGAGCAGUAAACUGUGUUUUCUACUUCCUCUUGUGGUGUAAAUUGAAGGGAAUACGUACUUUAGCAUUGUUUUCCUCAUCCGGUGGUUUAGAUAUUGCAGAUAAUGGCAAGUUUCAACUGCUCAAAGGUCACUUAUUCUGGAGCUUUUGACCAGAUCACACAUGAAGUCCAUCUGCAGAUGGCUCAGUUAUAGAACCAUUACUGAACCAUUCUCUACAAAAACAAAAGUAGACACCAUGACAGCUGUCUACAGAUCUGCUGAUUAAGACGAGGCGAUUCCGUUGAAAGCCCCAGAACAAACAACCAUGUGGCCUAGCUGAGAUUAUUUUGUCAGUUGUCGUUUUCCCUAAGCCAAGAACGAUUUUUACAUCAUGUUGCUAAAUUUUCCUCUUGUGUAUUUAUGGGAAAUGCAGCAAGUAAAAUUGUAUAAAUUUAAGCAGUAAAAGUUUGUUUUUGCAAUUUUGUAAAAUAAGUACUGUAACUCAAUACCAAAAGUAUCUCUUUUACAUCUAUCAUGUAAUAUUAAAGAACAUGCAAUCAUC